UUUUCGAGCGGAGAUGUCACUGAGCUCCUCCAGCUAUCUCAAGCUCCCACCUUCGCCGGCACGACCCGACCCGCCGAGCAGAGACCCGAAGGACUGGAACGCGCUCAUCAGACGCCAUGCCAAGCUCAGGAACGACGGGGCGAUCCUGUCGACCUAUGCGCGCAUGCUGUCGUCGCGCGUGUCGCCCGACGAGGCCGCGUUGCCUCUGGUGCUCAAGGCCUGCUCGAGGCUGGAUGACGUGGAGCUAGGCAAGAGGAUCCAUUCGAGUAUCCUGGGUACGGACUUGAUGGAGGAUGUGCGGGUGGCUACUUCCCUUGUCGAUUUUUAUUGCAAGUGCGGGCUCGUCGAGGAUGCUCGGUACGUGUUUGACAGAAUGGCCGAGAGAGAUGUUGUUAUGUGGAAUGCGAUGAUAAACGGGUACGUGGGUGUGGGUGAUCACGAGGAGGCGAUUUCGGUGUUCGUGGAAAUGGGGAGGCGGAGUGUGAGACCGAGUUCUCGAACUGUUGUGGCGUUACUUUUGGCCUGUGGGGAAGCCAUGGAGUUGAGAAUGGGGCAGGAAAUACAUUGUUAUUCUUUGAGGAGUGGGCUAUUUCAUGAAUGCCCUCAUGUUGGAACUGCUUUGAUAGGGUUUUAUGCGAAGUUUAACUUGAAGGUUCUGCACAGUGUGUUUGACAUGAUGGAGGUGAAGAACAUGGUGAGUUGGAAUGCAAUAAUCACGGGUUAUUUUGAAGCUGGUGAGUACUUAAUGAUUUUGGAGCUGUUUGUGAGGAUUCUAGAGGAGGGGGGCAAACUCGAUGAGGUCACCAUGUUGAUUGUGAUUCAGGCCUGCACAGAGUAUGGAUCUCUUGGUCUGGCAAUGCAAAUUCAUCAAAUAGCUAUAAAGUCUGAUCUAAGUCGUGAUGUCUACUCAGCAAAUGCCUUGCUGCAUAUGUAUAGUAAGCUACAGAAACCAGAGUUCGCAUACGAAAUAUUUAAAUCUGUUCCUACCCGUGAUGUUGCGCUGUGGAAUUCGAUGUUGUCAACGUACAAUGAUUUCAGCUGUCCUGAAGAAGCUCAGAGGUUGUUCUUGAGAAUGCUAACAGAGGAUGUCCAGGCAGAUAAAAGAACUAUUAUUGUCAUGUUGUCUUCAUGUGCAGACUUAGCAGAUGAGAUGAGAUUCGGUAGAAGUUUACAUGCGCAUGUGAUUAAGGCUGGUAUGCUUAUUGAUGUUUCUCUUGGUAAUGCACUCAUGAAUAUGUACAAAGAUACCCAUUGUACCGAAGCUGUCAAGAAGGCUUUUACUCAACUACCAGACGUUGAUGUAAUAUCUUGGAACACUUUAAUUGCAGCAUUGGCCAAUAGUAACACGAAAGUUGAAGCAUUGGAAGUCUUUCUAAGAAUGCAUGAGUCUGAAAUCAAACCCAACUCUCAUACAAUUAUAUCAAUUCUUGCUUCCUAUGAUGACGCGCCUUUGCUCAACAUAGGCCGAUCUAUCCAUGGCUAUGUAAUCAAACAUGGCAUUGAUAUUAAUAUACCCUUGAACACUGCCCUGACACAGAUGUACAUGAACUGUGGUGAUGAAGUGACAGCAGAGAAUUUAUUCGACCGCUGCUCCAACAGAGACAUAGUCUCAUGGAAUUCUUUGAUUUCCAGUUACAUUAGAAACAACCAGACUCACAAGGCUCUGCUACUCUUUAGACGUAUGAUCUCGGAAGUUGAACCUAACUCAGUCACGCUUAUAAAUGUUCUAUCGUCAUGUAUCCACCUAGCUGAUCUUCACCUAGGCCAGUGCAUUCAUGCUUACAUAACCAGGAGGGAAUCAUCUAUUGGUUCCGAUGCAUCUCUUGCAAAUGCUCUGAUAACUAUGUAUGCAAAAUGUGGCAGUCUGCACAAUGCUGAGAAAGUUUUUAACUUGAUUUGGCGAAGGGAUGUUAUCUCAUGGAAUGCUUUGAUAACUGGCUAUGGAAUUCAUGGUCAAGGAGAAGGCGCUAUAUCUACCUUUCUAAAGAUGCUGGAAGAUGGUAUGAAACCAAACAGUGCAACUUUUGUGUCUAUUUUAUCUGCUUGCAGCCAUUCUGGAUUGAUAGAGGAGGGGUUGCUUCUUUUCAGUUCAAUGUUUUGCAAGUUUAAGGUGAAUCCUGAACUUAUUCACUAUGGUUGUGUAGUUGAUCUUCUUGGGCGUGGUGGCUACUUAGGUGAAGCUCUAGAUUUUAUCAAUUCAAUGCCUAUCGAAGCUGAUGCUUCAGUGUGGAGAGCUCUGCUUAGUGCUUGUCAAGUCCAUUCUAAUACCAAGCUCGUCAAGCUUGUCUUUGAGAAAAUUGUCGAAUUGGAGCCUAUGAAUGAGGGAAAUUAUGUUCUACUCUCCAAUAUCUAUGCUACCGCAGGUCUUUGGUUAGAGGUCGGCCUUAUAAGGGCAUGGCUGAAAGAGAAAGGUCUUAGAAAACCUCCAGGAAUUAGUUGGAUUGUUAUAAGAGAUCAAGCUCAUGUUUUCACUGCCAGAGAUCAAUCACAUCCUAGGACGGAUUUGAUUUAUGCAAUUUUAAGUUCGUUGUCAUGCUCCAUCAAGGAUGCUGGAUAUGUUUCCGAUAUCCAAUGGAUACUGCUUGAUGAAGAGAGUUAGAUGAACAUUCGGAGGAUCUGGUGCACAUCAAUUAGUAAAAUAUUUGAAGUCUCCUCAUAAGAUCUGCAAGUUCCUCAGAACACCUUGACAAUUACAAGUCUCAGAAUGGAAGGUAAUAUUCAUGGUUUAUCAUCCCAUAAUUAGUGCGGUCGAACUUUAGGGCACCCUGCUACAAGUGAUAUCAAGCACUUGAAGUUUCUCAUAGAGCUCCUUCUAUGGGAAACAAUGCUUAUGUAGUUUGGAAAAGCUUCUUGGUAUUAUUCAGAACUGCAUGGAUGUUUGAAAGUUGAAGUCGGUGGUUUUAGGAGGAGGUGAUGUUAUCAGCUACUAAUCCGGAUGUCUGAUUUGCUGGUAAGCAAGCCAAAGUGUAACAUAUUAGAUGGCAGUGAAUAGUGCAUACUUGAACUUAAAUGGUUCUGAAUUUUGAAAACUUUGUUUUUUCCAAUUUUGGGCUAUAAGACGUUUAGGAGAGUAGUUGACAAUGUAUGGAUUGCUUGACUAUUUGGGGUGUAUGCCUUUUCUGCUCCAGUAAAAAGAUCGACAUAGUCUUCAAGCUAAAUGACAUAGGAAACUUGUGUUUAGAUGGAACAUCAUGAUGACAAGGAGAAGAGAAUGCCAAUGCACAGAAAUAAGGAGGUGGAACUCAGAUAACAUGUCGAGCAUUUUCAUCUCAAAAGCUUCAGAUAUGUGGACAUGGAUUGAUAAUGUAUGUCAAGCGUAUAUAAUUUCACCGCACGAGGUGACAACUAGAACGUGUGACAACCAGGUUUUUAAAUAGUCAAUAUUACAUUAGGUUGGGUUCUUAAUUUUGGAGCGACUUUCCUACUGUGGUAAUGUGUUUACCCACAUGGAGAUUUGGGGCAGUAUAUGAGGUUAAUAAUCACCCUAAUUUGGCCCCAAAUGAGGAAGAUUUAAUCCUAGGAAGUUGCAUAGCUAAAAACUUAUUUCAGAUGACUACAUACAGAAGCAUUCUUUGGCCUUCAUCCUCUUGGCAAUACAUUGGUCAUACGGUGAAAUUAGAUUAGCACAUCAAUGAUAAAUCACUAACAUUGAGGUAAAAAAGGAUGCAGCAGUGAGGCAAUUGCUUUUAUGCACAGAAAACAUCGCCGAGCCUUUUGCCACAAAAUAAGAGCAGCAAUUUAACACAUUUCCAGCGCCAAUUAUCUUAGCUCGGCAUUGUGUGGAGCUCUCUCCGUCGGUAAGCCCUGCAACCUGACUUGAUCUAAUCUUCCAUUUCUUGAGUGUUUUAUACUGCAACAUGAUGUAUUCAGUUUCUAUCGGGGUGUACUUCAGUGAACUCUGCAUGUACGGUACUCAUAUCUGUUGCUUUGGUUUAGGGGGUUUUACAACCAGCAGCUAAACCUUUUUCGGUCGUCGAGUGAAGAUAAACCUUUUCUUCCCCAAAUGGUGUUCCAACUUUUGAAAUGAAAAUGAGAAGAUUGAACUCA